AUGCCUUUUGCGCAGCUCGUCCUCGGCAGUCCGGGCUCUGGAAAGAGUACCUACUGCGAUGGCAUGCACCAGUUCAUGGGCGCCAUAGGUCGCGCCUGCUCCGUCGUGAAUCUUGAUCCCGCAAACGACCACACGAACUACCCGAAAGCCCUCGACAUUCGCGACCUCGUCAAGCUCGAGGAUAUCAUGGCCGGUGACAGGCUAGGACCAAACGGCGGCAUUCUGUACGCUUUGGAGGAGUUGGAGCACAACUUUGAAUGGCUUGAAGAGGGACUCAAAGAGAUUGGCGACGACGAAUACUUCCUAUUUGACUGCCCAGGGCAAGUUGAGCUCUACACCCAUCACAACUCGCUACGGAACAUCUUCUUCAAGCUACAGAAGCUUGGGUUCAGGCUCGUCGUCGUGCACCUGUCCGACUCCUUGUGCCUAACGCAACCCUCACUUUAUAUCUCCAACCUUCUCCUCUCCCUCCGCGCCAUGCUCCAGAUGGACAUGCCACACAUCAAUGUCCUUACCAAAAUCGACAAGGUCGCUUCGUACGACUCUCUGCCUUUCAAUCUCGAUUACUACACCGAUGUUGACGAUCUUUCAUAUCUCAUCCCCUACUUGGAGGAAGAGUCUCCCGUGAUGCGCAACGAGAAGUUCGGCAGGCUGAACGAGGCGGUCGCAAACAUGAUUGAGAGCUACGGAUUGGUCCGGUUCGAGGUGCUCGCGGUCGAAGACAAGAAGAGCAUGAUGCAUCUGCUCAGGGUAAUUGAUAGAGCUGGAGGAUACAUCUUCGGCAGCGCAGAGGGCGCGAACGACACCGUGUGGCAGGUCGCCAUGCGUAAUGAGUCGUCCAUGUUGGAGGUUCGUGACAUCCAGGAGCGCUGGGUCGACCGCAAGGCCGAGUAUGACGAGCUCGAGAGGAAAGAGUGGGAGGAGCAGGCGAAGGUGCAAGAGGAGGACCCCAGUGGCGCGGCGUAA